AUGGUUCUCCUAACAACAACACCUCCCAUCCUCGCCGCCAUCGAGGCCCUCCCUCCUACCUCGCGACAUGACUUCUCCCUCCCCGAUACCUUGAACCUGGAGGACCCAAUCUCCCACGACCAAUUGAUCAGAGUAGCUCGAUACUUCCGACAAACAGAUACCUCCAAUUCCACCUCUUCGAUUGAUGAAACCAAAACCCUGAACUCCCUCCUCCGCGGAACAAAAGUCUACAUUCCUCCGCCGCCCAAGAAACCCGAGCCGAGCCCCGAAUACCUCGCCCUCAAAGCGCGCCUUCUCGCCGCAGCCGAAACAGACGCCUACAACCGCAUGACUUCAUCCUCGACUUUCUCCUCAUCCGCUUUCUUCCCUCCAUCAUCCAGAACCCCAGCACCAACCAAACCCUCAAUCUUCUCCUCUUCAACUCCCACCCUCGAAGCCCUGCACAACAAAUCUAGCAACAAAAAUGAAGAAACAGACCCCCUCACACCCGGCCUCGUCCUAAACAUCUUCCUCUCCGUCCUCAUCACUGGGUUCAGCGUGUACUGGGCUCUGCGGAGUUUCCGGUCCCCCGAGAUGCUAGUCUCCACUGUAGCAAGGAUUUGGAGGGGAACGGGCACAGGGCAAGGGGUAUCGGAGUCGGUGAAGGUUUUGGUGUCGCUGGGGGCGGCGGUGGUGGUGGGGGUGGCGGAGGUGAUGAUAUAUGCGAUUUAUUUGAGAAAGGUGGAGGUUGCAAAGGGGAGGGAGAGGAGGGUGAAGGAGAGGAAGGUGGUUGUGGAAAGUGAGAGGGUUGGGGGGAAGGUUAAGCAGGGUGAUGAUGAUGGGGCGGAGAGGGUUGGGGGUAAAGAGGAGGAGGUUAUCUGGGGAAGGGGUGUGAAUGGGGGGUUGAGGAGGAGGGUGAGAGAGAAAUGGGAGGAGAAGGAGAAGAAUGUGGAUAUGCAGAGGGAUGGGAGUAGCGAAUAG